GAAGGCGAGCGAGGUGGCGAGGAAGCGAGGGCAGGGGGCGAGAGGGAGGAAGGAGGAGAGCUGCGAGUGUGAGCGCGAGCACGAGCACGAGCACGGAAUCGGAGAAUUCCGGGGCACGGUGCAUGAGGAGCUCAGCGGGUUGACAACUCCGAGGUCGAAAGAGGUGGGCGAUGGCGGAACUGGCGGUUAUCGACGACGCAGCCUUGGAGGCGAGCUUGAACAACGUGCUGCAGCAGGAGGAGCUGAAAUGGAUUUUCGUGGGCGGCAAGGGCGGCGUUGGGAAGACGACAUGCAGCUCCAUGUUGGCCGUGCAGUUGGCGAAAGUGCGCCCGUCCGUGCUCAUCAUCUCCACCGAUCCUGCUCAUAAUCUCAGCGAUGCUUUCCGGCAGAAAUUCACUCGCUCGCCCACCGUCGUGCAGGGCUUCUCCAAUCUCUAUGCCAUGGAGGUGGAUCCGACAGUGGAGAGCGACGAGUUGGAUCAGUUUGAGGGAAUGGGGGGAUUUGUUUCAGAACUCGCGAAUGCUAUUCCUGGAAUCGAUGAAGCUAUGAGUUUUGCCGAGAUGCUGAAGUUAGUGCAGACCUUGGAUUAUUCAGUCGUAGUGUUUGAUACUGCUCCCACUGGUCACACUUUAAGAUUGCUGCAAUUUCCUUCGACACUAGAGAAAGGGCUUGGUAAGAUGAUGGGCCUGAAGAACAAGUUCGGAGGCUUGAUCAGCCAGGUAUCACGGAUGUUUGGCACAGGAGAUGAAUUCGGAGAGGAGAAUAUUAUGGGGAAGUUGGAAAGCAUGAAAGCCGUCAUUGAACGGGUCAAUGAACAGUUUCGUAAUGCGGACUUGACGACUUUUGUUUGCGUAUGCAUUCCCGAGUUCCUGUCAUUGUAUGAAACAGAGAGGCUGGUCCAAGAGCUUGCUCGCUUCGAAAUUGAUACUCAUAACAUCAUCAUCAAUCAAGUUCUAUUCAAGGAAGACGCCUCCGAUUCGAAACUCCUGCAAGCGAGAAUCAGAAUGCAGCAAAAAUAUCUUGAUCAGUUUCACGAUCUUUAUGAAGACUUUCACAUUACAAAGCUACCACUUCUACCCGAAGAGGUACGUGGAGUUGAGGCUUUAAAAGAAUUCUCGAAGAAUCUCCUUGAGCCUUAUAAACCUUCUGUUGACGGUGCCGUUGGAGUUUUGUCCCUGAAGACCGUGGAGGAUUGUGAAGCGGAAGUUGAGCGACUAAAGAGUGCACUAUCAGAAACGGAAGCUUUGUUGGAACGAUUGAGAAAGGGCAAGGAUAAGAGUUGAGAUUCACUGUCAAAGAUUGAUGUAAUUCAUCCGAAGCAGUCUUGGCUACCUUCCUAUUCAUGAAUAUGAAUAGGAUCAAAGCUUAAGAGUUUAUUCUUGGCACGCGGCAGCCCGUAGCCAGCAAUGGGAUGGAAUCGGUUUUGACCUUACAAGCCAGAGCUCAAAGAUCGAUGUUUGGAGCUGGAUACGCAAAGCUGCACCAAGAAAAAUGGUCAAGAAUGAUGUAUAGAUUCAUAAAUGCGAUCUCUGUCAAGUUUUCUCCAAAACUGAAGGAACAGAUGCGAUGGAAGCCUUUGUCAGGUUUGGUGAAACUGCUAUCUGAAACUCUCACUGUGCUGUGACGGAGAGUUUCCAUGUCAAGAUCCUACUGGUAGUCUGCGUUUCCCCUUUGGGUGAGUCAAUGUAGAAUGGAAAGCAAUGAGUGGUCUUCUAGACAAGGCAAAUGAUUUGCGGUGACUUAAUUCAUUGACGGAGUUUCAGAUACUAUCGUACUUCAGUAGUCUAAAUGUUUGAAAAAAUGCGAUCGUUCGCCGGAAUUAUUCAGUUGAAUAUGUUGAACAUUCCAGAAUGUGUAUUGGCAGCGGCAAUGAAACCUGUGUCUCAUCUCUAGGAUGGCGUUGUUGAA